AAUUUUACGUCUUUUUUGUUUAUAGAAAUUUUAAAAUAUUUUUUUCUUAAAAAAAUAAUUUGUUUUAAUCAGCAAAACACAAAAGAAAAGAAAAAUGUCCAUUGACCAAACCCCGAAUAAUGAGAAGAGCAACCUAAUUUUUUUGCAUCAUAUCGAUGAUUAUGAAACAAACGAAAUAAAAAAACAUCUCAUUGAAGAAAACAUUGAAAUACAUUGUUUGAAAUAUGAAAUUUUCGGAUGCUUAAAUCAACAAGAGAACCUUGGCAAAGUGAUGCAUGAUAAACAUCCUUUAGAAAUUUUCAAUUGCGCAACUGAUAACUACAUACAAAAGAUACUAAGUUGUGAUAUUUUAGUUUUCAAUGCAAAUUCAAAUAAUUUCGAAAAAGUUUGUUGUGAAAUGCGCCAAGUGAUGAAGGGACUUGAAGAUUUGUAUAAAGAACAAAAUCAAAUAUCAGAGCAAGGAUCAAAAAAGUAUUUAAUACUUAUUUCCUCUCCAAUGACAUGGGCUCUUACAACACCUGAUGAAAUAACCACUGAAGCAAAUGAUGAAAAUUUGAAUGAUUUUCUACUUGAAGAAGAUUAUCGUCGUCGAAAGGCUCAUAAAAGUUAUUGCAAGCUCAAGCUAUUGGAACGUGAUGUUAUUUGGUUACAGAAAAAAUGCAAACCAUUUGUAAAAACUUUGGUAAUCUGUCCUGGGGUAACAUACGGAGGAGAGAACAACACAUUUCAUUAUAUAUUCAAAUAUGCAUUCUAUAAUCAAGUGAUUCCUAUAGUCAAUACCGGAUGUCAACUUAUUCCAAUGAUCUACAUUAAAGAUUUUGUUCGUAUCAUGAAAAAUAUUUUUGAUAACUUUCCUGAGUCAAAAAUUCGUUAUAUCUUUGCUGUUCAGCCUACCUUGAUGACUCUUAAAAAAUUUACCUACAACAUAUGCAAAGCAUUCAAUGGAGAUUGCAGCAAAAUAAGAUUUCUGUACGAGAUUGAACUAUUAGGUUUCGAUGGAGAUCUAUUUCCGAAAACUGUUAUGGAUUUAAUGUCGUUAAAUUUAAAAAUGGGCCUAACAACUCUUAAAGAUUUUGAAUUUCAUGAAGUUACUGAUGAAUUUUGGUCUAAAUUAGCAGAAGAAUUUCGAUCUGCAAGAAAUUUGCAUCCAAUUAAAAUAGUUGUGGGCGGUCCUCCGUUGGCGGGAAAAACAGAACAUUCAAAAAUGCUGUCGGAUUACUAUCAAAUUCCUUACAUUGAUACGUGUGAUGUUGUCAAUAUUUACAUCAAAUUGUUGGAGGAGAAAAUCAACGAUAGCGCUGCUGUCCUAGAAAGUCUGGAGGGAAAAUUUGAUACUCCAAAAGGUUCAGCCACAAGCGAUGAAGAAGACCUUAAGUUAAUAGACGAUCUUAAAAUAAAAACUAAAGAAUGGUCAAAGGAAUUGUUUGAACUAAAGGUUUAUAUUGCAUCACAUAAAGAUUUUGAAGAUCAAGACUUUGACAUAUUGUCGCGUUGUCUUAUUGGACUUAUCUCAACCAAACAAUACAAUAUAAACCAGGGUUAUAUAAUCGAUGGCUUCCCUUUUACAUAUGAUCAAGCAAAUACAAUUUUUUACAAUACAAACCACAUUAAUAUUGAAGAAAAUUUUACUUCAGAAGCUUUGCGCCCUACACAUGCAAUUAUAUUUGAUGCCUCAGAUGAACUUCUUUGCAAACAUGCUAUGAAUUUUACAGAAACUGAUGCUAUAAUUCGUCGAUGUUUACGUCAUCAAAUUCUUCCUCGAUUGGAUGCUUAUCGUGAAAGGAAUGACGGAUCACAAUGUUUAGAAAAUAUUUUCUAUGAUAACGAUUUAAUACCGAUAAGCAUAACUUUGGACCAAGAUACACAAAUUGUUGAUACUCUUCAAAUUAUAAAAAAUGAAAUUGGUUUACCUUUUAUAUAUCCACUAUCGAGUGCUCAACAAAAGGCGUUAAAUGAUAAAAAUAAGAAAAAACGACUGAAAGAAAAAGAAGAACAAUGUCGUAAGAAGGAAGAAUUACUGAAAUCCUUGACAACGGAACGAGAACGAAAACUUUUAGAAUGGACUAAAAAGUAUGAAGAAAUUCGAAAACACGAAGAUGAGUUAAACGAUGUAAAAACCUUACCUAUGCGACAGUAUUUAGAAAAAUAUGUUCUACCCACACUCACUGAAGGCAUUCUAAAAGUUGCUGAAUUGCAACCCGAUGAUCCUGUGGACUUUUUGGCUGAAUAUUUGUUCAAGUGUAAUCCCGAGGGACAACAAGCACCUCCAUUCUGUACUGCAGAGCAGAGAGCGCGAUUCGAAAAUACUUUUUAUGAGGAUAUUAGCAGUAGGUCGAGUAGCUUCCUUGAAUUGAAUAAGUUUGACGCGGAAUGUAAAAGGAACAAUCGCAAAUAA